AUGGAUAAUUUCACGGAAAAAAUAGUGAAAGCCGCUGGCCUCGGCAGCUACACUGAUAUCACCCCAGAGUAUCUCAAGAAACUAUUCGAAGAGAUUGGCGGCAGCCCAGAGAAGCUCCGCGCCAUCCUGAAUCUUUGGUUCGUUCCAGAUUUCAAGCCGACCUUUGUCGAGCCGCAGAAUCAUGAAUCCAUCGGUCUUCAAGAUAUCGAUUUUCUCAGUAUGCCAAGCACGGAGAACGCGAUUCGACCGCUGCGUCUGAUUGACCUGGAGACGGGAAAUCUUGUGGAAGCGUGGAACACCAGUCCUCUGGACUCGUAUUGCAUGCUCUCACAUCGCUGGAAAGGAGAUGAAAUCACAUUGGCUCACAUCAAGCGCGCAAGGGAAAUAGCACUGAAGAAAACUCAGGACGGACAAACAGCAGACCGCGAUAACGACAUUGAACUUGUUCUCAAGCAGUCCAGGCAAGACAUUCUCGAGCAAGAAGAUAUCGUCUUGUCUCUAUUGGACGGCGACUCAAACAUCGGGGACGUUGGUGAGCUUCUAGAGAAGAGAAUCAAGGCAAACGACGCGAAAGCCCAAGUCAAUUGGGCACGACAAAACCUAGACGAUGAAAAGUCCAAAGUCGAGCGCUAUAGACUUGAAACAAGCAUCUUUGACCAUCUUGUACGGCGCAUCAGUCAGGAUAUCAACGAAGGGGUGGAAGGGACUAUGGGUGCUGAAGCAGUUUCUCCGAGCGGCAGCGUUCAUGCUGGACCUAUCGCAACCACAGUGGUGGAUGAAGCACACAACGAAUACGCAGCUGCCCAGCAGAGGCUACUUGGCGCGAUCGACACCCGCCAGCAGACAAAAGAAGAUGAGGAGUUCUUUCAGCGCAACUACCGGUUGGGAAAUGCAGUGGAUGAAUUGAUUAGUCACCUACAACGAUGGAAGUCAGCCACCAAGCUCCAUCGCGCAAUGAAAGAGGCGCGCAACAUUUUCGAAAAAAGGAUAUUUCCCAAACGCGGUGCUCGCUACAUCUGGUCCGAUACAUGCUGCAUCGACAAGCUCAACUAUGGAGAAUUGUCCCAGUCGCUCUCGCUCAUGGGGGAGUGGUAUGAGAAUGCCGACUUCUGCUUGGUUCAUCUCGAUACGGAUUGGCGAGUAUCGGACGCCAUCAACGACUGGAAACAGUUUGUGAAAGAAGUCAAGGGCAAGUCCGAUGUGCAAGAGCCCGGUCAAGCUGGCAUUGCCAGCUUCAAGGCUAUCAAGGACUCAAGUCCUGAAUGGGCAAACCGUGCAUGGACACUGCAAGAGCUUGUCAUGAGCAAGAUGGCCUAUUUCACCAACGCGGGCUGGGUUUCACUUAGUCGUCCUAUUGAAAGCUUGGGAUAUGUAUAUCCCCUGAUUCCAUUCAUUGAUUUGUACACUCAUGGAGACAUAACCAACAUCUAUGUACGGGUCUUUGAAAACGAAGAGCUAUUGACAAAGAUUUUGCACGGAAUCAGGGACUCUGAGGCCAUCGAUUCAUGUCUCGGGAAAGAGAGCAUUGAGGUCGUUGAAAGUGAUGAUGGGGAUCUUGCAGCGUCAGACAGUGUCAAAAUGGCGGUGCGACUCGUCUUGAUCCUUCAGGGAUUAGGGUACAGACUCCCAACCACAAUGACAACCGAGACAGCCGUCUCUGAGAUGACACAGUCUGUAUAUCUUGCAGCUUGGAACUUGGUCAGAAAUGAGAACGAUGGCCCAAGAGAACGCGCAGGAGAGCUAUUCCAGGUGCUCCAAAAACACCACCUUCCUGCCACAACCAGAGCAGAGGGCUCAGAUGGUGAGGCAGAAAUCCAGAAUGCGAUCAAUUUCCUAUUGGUGUGCCUUGUUUCUGAGACAAAGAACCUGGUCGUAUCCGACCGAGAGUUCAUUGCCAAAUUUGGUCAAGUCGACCAGCUCGUCACCUGGAAGCAGGGGAUCGCGCGUAGCGGAUUUCCGGCAGGACGUGUUCUACAGUUGUCAUGCCGACGCAAGGCAACCGUGCCUAUUGACCAUGUCUACUCUCUCAUGGGAAUUCUAGGUGUGCGAUUCCAGUCUUUCCAUGCCGAGGGCUAUCCAAAAGCUUUAUCUCGCCUUCUCGACGAGGUCAUCAUAACUCAUAAUGAUGUUUCCGUCUUCAAUUGGGCAGGUGUAGAGAUGGGAAGUCCAGUGCGUGGGCGAUCAAUGUAUCCUGCUUCUCAUAGGGCAUAUGAGACAAACAAGGACAGCGGCCAGCGCUACAAUAUGCUGAUCUCGGCCGAAGUUCAGAGGAAGCGCAGCGAAGUCAUGAUCACCUAUCGUGGAAUCAUCAAGAUGCUCCGUGAUUUUAUUGACUGCAUCAAAACCAAGGACUCAAAGGACCUGCCCUUGGAAUGGGUCCGAGAGAUAUCUGCCUUCAUUCGCAACUCCACCUUUGACAAAAUUCGGCCUGAGCUUGAAAACAUUGGCAAGAUUCUUGUUUAUAUCAAGGAUUACUGCGUUCAACCCGUCCUCUCCGCGCCACCAGUCGAAAAGCCGCAACCUGUCGAAAUGACUACAUCGCCAACUUCUCACGAGAAAGCUAGUUGGUCUUCCUACAAGCCGUCUCUUCCAAGCUUGAACAUCUCUUCUACCUUGAAAACUAAAAAGCUUCCCAGCUUCGGAGCCGCUAGAUUCGGCAAAUCAUCGUCUGAAAAGGAUCCCGAGCCACCGGAGGAGGAAUCACCCACCCUGCCUCCUCAUGCAGAGCCAGUGCUGCCGGACGAACCCAAAUGGAUGUCGCUGGAUCACGAGGUCAAGCAGUAUCUGAAGAUCCUUGGGUCGCCAGACGAGAUGCACAAGGAGGGGCGUUCUCUACCAAGUCAGAUCCAGGACCUCAAGGUCGAGACAGAUGAGCCAGAAGGAGCAACCAGAAAUGGCGAGGACAAUGAAAAUAGCAGUCUCGGAGAUCUCAUUUGCCCGAACCCAAUCAUUGUCAACAACUCUGGUAUUGAAGGCGUCUUUGAUAUUCAACGCGUCAUUGUGACCAUGGUUGACACAGAGAAGCUUCAGAGGCAGGUUGCCAGAGCAGGCAGCCCACAGCAAAAUAUCUCCGGCUGGUGCACCAUCAGUACCGGAUUCGCCAGAGUGGUAGUCAACUUCGCCUGUGAGCAGCAUAUUCUGCGAAAGCAACUCGAGGUCGGGCAAGCAGUCGAGGAUAAGAUAAUCAAGGAGGAUAGGGCGAAGAAGCUCCACAGCGACAUGGAGAUUAAGGGAACUGCAAAUGUUCACUUGGAGAAUCCUUGGUCGACUACGAAUCUUCAAUCCGGUGCUGCAGACGACGGUGACGGAGAAGUAGGGUCAAGUCUCAAACCUUCCCAGGAGGAGAACACUAUUGUAAGGAUUAUCGACUUCAUCCAGGAACCGCAGCUCCAACUCGUCGCCGGUGAAUGGGUACUGGCGCGAUUCUCUGGAGCGCGAGGAGCUAAAUGGUUUCUCUGUCGUCUCGAGUUGGGCUCCACGCAUCAGUUCUACGGCCAUCGUAUCGCAACUACGGACAUUGAUUUUGCCAACUCGGCCAUUGAGCCCGGGCUGGUCAAGACGUGGCAGACCUACAUGGGCCGAAAGAAGAGAAAGAUGUGCAACAUCUUGAAUACCUACAUCAAGAGUUUUGAGAGUGCUACCAAGGGCCAGGAAAUGUUGAGCAGAACCUCAAGCAUUGUAAAUCAGAACUAUGGGAGACUUGUUGAUGCAGGAAACGAGAGUCUAGAGAGGGUCAUGAGCACGGGCACUGGGGCAUCUUCUAUGCUCAAGUUCCCCUUCUCUGGCAGCACAAACGACGACAAAGCCUUGGUGGAUGUGGACUCUGAAGACGACGACGAUCAGAGCUCGGGAAAUCAUCUCUUUGAUGACAUUCUUGACCAGGGCAAAGAAGCUGCAAUGGCCUUGGGCGAAUACACUGUCAUGGCGGCAUAUGAGAAGCUCUGCGAGCUGCAUGCCAGACACAUGGAAAAGCACUUGGCCACUUCAGUUCUGAAGAGAACUCCCAAGAGCCUUCAGGCGGCGGUGGAAGGCGUGGACGAGAACAAGGGUUUUCUGCCAGCCAUGUUCCACUCUUCUAAACGGGUGCAUAUGUUUUAG